UAAACACUUCUUAGCCGUCCGACCAGACGCCCCCGGUGGGACCAACGAACCGCAAGAUUUCUCCUUUUUCCUCUCCUAAAACCCACUUGGAUAAUUCGUCCUUCCCAACUUCUCCCAUUUUCCCUCCUCUCCGGAAAGUGAGAGAAAACAGCAAGAAAUUCUACUCUUUCAUGGUGGAAAAAUGAACUCCCAAGUCUUCAACAGAAACGAUUUAAUUCAACUACCUAAGCCAUUCUCAAACUUUUCUCCAUCUAAAACUCUUCUUCAGCUGCCUAAUUCUUCUGCGACAUUUUGUCGAACAUGGCGUAUGCGUUUAUUCAGAGCCAAAAGUCAGGCCUACAAUGGCGCUUCUUUCAUUCUUAAGCCAAGGAACCUCGGAAUCUUUGCUCGCAGUGCUUCCGGUUCGAGUUCGAACUCCGUUGCAGUGUCCGAAAACUCGGAGGAAGACGCUGAAUCUGUUCAGAUAUUCGAGAAAUUGAAGGAUGCAGAGAGAGAACGAAUUAGUAAGUUGGAAGAACUUGAGCGGAAGGCAAAUACGCAGUUAGAGAGGCAGCUUGUGAUGGCGUCUUAUUGGAGUAGGGUCUUGUUGACUAUGCGUGGAAAGUUAAAAGGAACGGAAUGGGAUCCUGAAAGCUCGCAUAGGAUUGACUUUAGUGAUUUUUGGAGGCUUGUUAACUCUAAUAAUGUUCAGUUUAUGGAGUACUCAAAUUAUGGUCAAACUGUAUCAGUGAUUCUACCUUACUACAAAGAUGAGAAAAUGAGUGGACCUGAAGGAAAUUCAAAGAAGGAAAUUGUUUUUCGGCGUCACAUUGUUGACCGUAUGCCGAUUGAUAGCUGGAAUGAUGUUUGGCAGAAGCUGCACCAGCAAAUAGUGAAUGUUGAUGUUCUUAAUGUGGACACAGUACCUGCAGAGGUCUACUCUACUGUUGCAACUGCAGUCAUUUGGUCUAUGCGGCUUGCCCUGUCAAUUGCUUUAUAUACAUGGAUUGAUAACUUGAUGAGACCGAUUUAUGCGAAGUUGAUACCUUGCGAUUUAGGUACUCCUAGUAAAAAAACAAGGCAACCACUACCACUCAAGCGCCAGGCACUUGGAUCAUUGGGCAAAAGUCGGGCAAAGUUUAUAUCAGCGGAAGAAUCUACUGGUGUUACUUUUGCUGAUUUUGCUGGUCAGGAAUACAUAAAGAGAGAACUGCAGGAGAUCGUAAGAAUUCUAAAGAACGAUGAAGAAUUUCAAGACAAAGGGAUUUAUUGCCCAAAAGGUGUACUUCUCCAUGGACCUCCUGGAACUGGUAAAACGCUGCUAGCUAAAGCUAUUGCUGGUGAAGCAGGACUCCCUUUCUUUGCAGCAAAUGGCACCGAUUUCGUAGAGAUGUUUGUAGGUGUGGCAGCUUCUCGUGUCAAGGAUCUUUUUGCUAGUGCUAGAUCCUUUGCGCCAUCAAUUAUAUUUAUUGAUGAGAUAGAUGCCAUUGGUAGCAAGCGCGGGGGGCCAGAUAUUGGUGGGGGUGGUGCAGAAAGGGAACAAGGUCUACUUCAAAUAUUGACAGAGAUGGAUGGAUUUAAAGUUUCUACGUCACAGGUGCUGGUUAUAGGUGCUACAAAUAGACUGGAUAUUCUCGAUCCUGCUUUAUUGCGGAAGGGCCGUUUUGACAAGAUUAUAAGAGUUGGUUUGCCAUCUAAGUAUGGUAGAUUGGCCAUUUUAAAGGUGCAUGCUAGAAAUAAAAUGUUUCGGUCCGAGGCGGAGAAGGAAGCACUUCUUCAGGAAGUUGCAGAGCUUACAGAGGAUUUUACUGGUGCUGAACUGCAGAACAUACUGAAUGAAGCCGGAAUUUUGACUGCAAGAAAGGAUUUAGAUUACAUUGGACAAGAUGAGCUGCUAGAGGCUUUGAAAAGGCAAAAAGGCACCUUUGAAACAGGUCAGGAAGAUAGUACUGAAAUCCCAGAGGAAUUAAAACUGAGGUUGGCAUACAGAGAAGCAGCUGUUGCUGUCCUUGCUUGCUAUUUUCCAGAUCCCUACCGUCCUUUUACCCAGACUGAUAUAAAAAUGAUUCGUAGUCAGCCGAAUAUGUGUUAUGCUGAAACUCCGGGCAAGGUCUUCUCCAGAAAAUCAGAUUAUGUGAACUCUAUAGUGCGUGCAUGUGCUCCAAGAGUUAUUGAGGAGGAGAUGUUUGGGGUUGACAAUCUCUGUUGGAUCUCUUCAAAGGCCACAUUAGAAGCUUCACGGCUGGCAGAAUUUUUAAUUUUGCAAACUGGAAUGACAGCUUUUGGGAAAGCUUACUACAGGAAUCAGAGUGAUCUUGUGCCCAAUCUUGCAGCAAAGCUUGAAGCACUUAGGGAUGAAUAUAUGCGUUAUGCCGUUGACAAGUGUUCGUCUGUGUUGAGGGAAUACCACUUAGCUGUUGAGACAAUCACAGACAUUUUACUUGAGAAGGGAGAAAUUAAAUCUGAGGAAAUUUGGGAUAUAUAUAAGAGGGCUCCUAGAAUACCUCAGCCUGCUGUGGGUCCAGUGGAUGAGUACGGAGCCCUAAUAUAUGCAGGAAGAUGGGGAAUACAUGGAAUCUCACUUCCUGGUAGGGUUACAUUUGCCCCUGGCAAUGUUGGAUUUGCAACUUUUGGUGCACCCCGCCCUAUGGAGACCCAAACUGUCAAUGAUGAAACCUGGAAGCUAAUAGAUGAUAUAUGGGAUAAAAGGAUACAAGAAAUGAAAGCUCAAGCUUCAGCGGAGGUUGAAGAAGAGAAAGAGGAGCCGCAACUUCUCAUUGCUAGCCAUUUCCUUUGAAGGUAAAGUUUUCCUCACUUUCCUGGUAGAUUAGAGCAUCCUCAAGGAUUCAUGCCAUGGUUGGUAGCUUUUCCCAUUAAUUCGCUUUGAAGUAGCGAAACCUAUUUACCUUGGUUGGAAAAUUAAAUGUUCAUGUUUAAUUGAAAAUGUCACACUAGCAUCUGGAGCUGGCAGAAACUAGAAAAUAACAUGAGGGUCCCAACAGAAAAGAGAGAAGGGGAAGAAAAAGGAAAAGGGGAUGUAACAAGCACUAUGAACUUGUAUAGGAAAAAAAAAUGUUACUAUAUUGGAGAAGAAAACAAAUACUAUCAUUGUUAUGUACAUGAAGAAAUAGAUUAGAUUCUGCAAGAAAUUGAGGUCUAUUCCUCCUGAAGCGUACAGCGAUGGAGGAAACGUCGGAAAGAAAUGAGCAGAGCAGUCUCCAUGUUAUUCUCCAAGUAUAAGGCAAACACUUUUAUUCACCAUUCCAAUAUGCUUGGCGGCUGUAAUGUUGCAUUGUUUGAACUCGUCAUUGUUCAUGUUGAUUGCUUUUAUACCAUUAGCUAAAGGCAAGGCAUGAACACUGUUACUUUUAUUUGUGAUGAUGAGGCAUAAAAGUGCCUUCUUUCUACUAACUCAAUCACCCUGUUCUCCAAUUGAAGUGAUAAGAGUGAGAAACCUCUGUCCAUAUGAGUUCUAAUGCAACCAAAAUGAAUUCGAAUUCCUUGU